GUCCGUCCCGUGUGAAAGCACCGUGCACACAGCAAUCGAUGGCAGCUGGCGGUGCAGUUGGUGACUGCGUUUCUGUAAACGAGACCUCAUUGAAUUUCGGAACGCUGCAGAGAAUCUUCUGCGGGCCAACUCGCAACUCAGUGUGCCAUGCCGGUAUUGCCGCCUGCUCGGCGAGCCGCGCUUUCGUCCGGCCUUGACGCCUUUCUCGCAUCUAGCUCCAGCUCCAGUCUGGGAUUGACGAUCUUGUAUUCGAAUAAGCCGAAUUGGCCGUUUAAAUCAGCUCGCGGCCAGGCCAGCGAUGAGGGAACAGCCGCCGGAAAAGAGACGAUCGAUAUUGCUGUCCUCGACUCGUCCUUUAACCCUCCUACACUCGCCCACAGAGCCAUCGCUCUAGGUCCUGCGCUCCUCGUUUGUCGCCCGGGCUCAUCAACUGUAGCAGGGGAUUCGACACCAAUUGCGUCGGCCGACCCAAAGCCCGAAUAUGACGCGCAUCUGCUCCUCUUCUCCGUACGGAAUGCAGAUAAAGGCCUGGGCCGGAGAGGAGACGCGUCUCAGCUGCAACGAUUAGAGAUGAUGGAGCUGCUCGCAAAGGAGAUUGAGGCUUUUUUGCGCAAAAAGACUACAGGGCAAUCGAUGGAUGCUGCUGAUGACGGUAGCGGCGGCAGCUCCAUCGCUGGCGCCGCUUACGAACCAGCCGUCGCCGUGGGCAUCGUUGACCCGCCUUUGAUGUUCGAAAAGUCGACACUGGUGCACAAGUACAUGCAAGAUCUGCUGCGAAAAGUGGCACCGAACACUGCCUCGCCUACCAUCCGACUGCAUUGGCAAGUCGGCAUGGACACUUUGGAACGAUUCUUUGCACUUCGAUACUAUCCUUCCACCCAAGCUUUCCACGCCUCUGCCGAACGAUUCUUCAACAAGGAAGGGACGACGUUUGUCGUCGCGUCUCGCGUCCCGUCAAGCUUACCUGGAAAGAGCAUGGAGAACGAAUCAGAAGAGCAGCUGCUCCGAAGUGAGCUCGUGCAACCGUGGGUCGAGCAACACAAAGUUGCGCUUUGGCAGCUUCCGACAGAGGUGCAAGGUUGCAGCAGCACAGACGUCCGCAAGCUGUAUCGGACUGAUGGGGCCACCUCGACCGAGGAGCUCAUACGGCAGCAGCAGCAAAAGGUUCCUGCAAGCAUUGCCCACUACCUCGAUCAGGAGCGAGUGUACGGCGAAGCGAGAAGAAUCCCGCCUCCAUAGCGUCGCUGGCUCGUACAAUUAUUUAAACCGCUAAAGGGGUAAACUUUCACCCCAAUCAUGUUCAGGAGCUACAUGUUUACUAGAAUCCUAGCUUGAUUUGGAUGCAGCGCAGUAGCUGAUGUGUCGAGCGUAAAGGCGUCUUCCGCUGGACUCAAGAUGCUAUUUAUACCGCCUCGCAAGCAAUGAAAGCCCCCGAGGUCCU